AUGUAUUCAGUGAGUUACACACUGUAUCUGUUUUGCAGCAGAAUCUCACGUAUCACGAAGCGAAUCGUUUUUGCACAUGGACAAGCGACGUAUAUGACGGGCUUACUUAUCGGCUCUUUAUUCGGUGGCGCUGUUUCUGACAAGUUGGGAAAGAAAUUACUUUUAAUCUGCUGCUCAGCGAUCGUCGCAGUUGCUACUCUUGUAUUGGCAUUUCUGCCCUAUGUGCCCGUUUACUUGACUGCCCGUGGCAUCAGUGGAGUAGCCUGCUGUGCCAUUCACAUCUGCACCUACAGUUUAGGUAUUGAAUGGAUUUUGCCUGAGUAUCGUAUCUGGCCACCCACCCUGUUUUCCUUCAUCUUCAGUCUGGGAAUGAUGGGAUUGGCAGCUGUAGCUUUCUUGGCCAGUGGUUGGAUGCCGUUUCAUCUGGCACUGGGCAUCCCUCAGAUCCUUUUCCUACCUCUUUAUUUCUUUCUUCCAGAAUCUCCUAGAUGGCUGCUUCUAAAUAAGAGGAUGAAAACACUAGAGGGCUAUCAGAAUAGAAGUCCUGAGGACAAGCACUACGUGGGUCUUCUUUUGGAUUCUGUGUACAAUGAGACGCAGAAGCCACUCUCAGAGAAGACCUCCAAGUCUAAUUUCGCCAACUUUACGUAACCAACUAUACUCUUGUGUCUGUUUGUCAUGAGUUACAUUGAGUAG